UUUUUAAGUGUGACAAAAAACAAAUAAAUAAACAAAUUUUGUUGACUUUUGAGGAGUAGGUGAAGUGAUAGCAAAUUGGCGCCACUUGUUGUCACCAUGUCCAGCCACGAGGAGGAUGAUCAUGAGCAUGAGCACGAGCACGCGGAUGAUGUGGAGGAGCAAGAGAUACACGUGGACGUGGACUCCGAUUCGCGGAUGUCAUGCGGCAGCGGCUCCGAUGUGGAUAUGGAUAAUGGCAGCUGUUACGAUGAAUCGGAAACGCCAUUAAGUGAGUCGCUGCAAUCGGAGCAGACGCGUUCCUCGUCCAGCGAGAAUCUUCCCUUCAGCAUAUCACGCCUGCUUUCCAAGCCCUUCGAGACGAACAACAAUCACCAUCACAGCCUCAGUCUCAGCCUCAGUCACAGCCACCAGCACAGCAGCAGCAGCCCCGGCUCCAGCAGCAACAACAACAACAACAACAACAACAACAAUCAUGGGGAAAAGGGUGAGGAGAAGGAGCUGCUUCAGGUGGAGGAUCACGAACUGGCGGCCUACAAGCUGGCCACCAGCAUCGCCAACUCAACGUACGGAAGUGCCUCGGCCCUCUACUCAUAUCCCCAUCUGUAUCCAUCGGCAGCGGCAGCCGCCGCCGGACAUGUGCUACGUGUGCCGCCCCAGAGGACGCCCCUGACGUGGGCCCUGCCGCCGCUGCAUCAUGCGGCGCUGGCACAUCAGGCGGUCAAGGAUCGACUGGCAGCUGCCUUCCCCAUUGCACGACGUAUCGGACAUCCCUACCAGAAUCGCACGCCACCAAAGCGGAAAAAGCCACGCACAUCCUUUACGCGCAUCCAGGUGGCCGAGCUGGAGAAGCGCUUCCACAAGCAAAAGUAUUUGGCAUCCGCGGAGCGAGCGGCACUGGCGAGAGGCCUCAAGAUGACCGAUGCCCAGGUGAAGACGUGGUUCCAGAAUCGACGCACCAAAUGGAGACGCCAAACAGCUGAGGAACGCGAGGCCGAGCGGCAGGCUGCCAAUCGCCUGAUGCUCUCCCUGCAGGCGGAGGCCAUUAGCAAGGGCUUUGCCCCACCAUCGGCUCCAAUGAGCUCACAGGGCGGCGUCAAUGGUGCGCCACUGGCAGCGCUGCAUGGACUGCAGCCAUGGGCAGAGGCAUCGCAUGCGGCGGGCUGCUAAUCUCGAACCGCAUCGAGUGGCGGCGGCAGAAGGUUUAUUUGUGAUACAUUUCGCUCUGUACAUAGUUCGAGGGAGACGGCGGGAGUGAACGGAAAGUGACAGGCUGUUUCCCACUGUACAUAUUGGAUCGGUUCUCCCCACAUCUGUAAAUAGCUAGCUUUAUUCUCUAGAGACGCUUACUUAUCAAAUCCCAGGCGGAGGAGGUGCAGCCCGAUCUACGCUUUUAGUUUUCAGUUUCGUGUUUCGUAGUUGCAGCAUUUAGAUACCCUUUCCCUUAGUUAUUGUUCGACAGUUUCAACGAAGGCAAAUCGCAUCUCAAAAACAAUGUCGCAGUGAGCUUCAGAGCCACGCUUAGUAAUAAUACAAAAUAAAUAUAUAUAUAAACAUAUACAUAAUGUGUGUAUGUACGUGCGUAAUUGUAAUAUCUGUCUGUAGAAUUAAGGCAAAUGGCAUUACCUAGUAUUAUAAAUUAUAAACGCCUAAAAUAUGUACGAUCAUUGAAAAUUAAACAACAAAAUGAAUGAAAAUAAA